CGCGGGACUCUUAUUUUGCCGCGCGUUUGUGCAGCGGAAGCGGAAGCGGAGCGCUGACCGUGUUUCUCCUGAGCGAUGAUGGCGGAUUUUGAUCAGGAGCAGGAAGAUUUUCUGCGCGAGCGGCACGUGCGCUUCUUCCAGCGCUGUCUGCACGUGCUUCCCGAGAGAUACGCGCCGUACGAGACCAGCAGGCUCACGAUCGUGUUCUUCGCUCUGUCGGGGCUGGAUGUGCUGGAUGCGCUGGAUGUCGUGGACAAGCCCAGUUUAAUCGAGUGGAUUUAUUCCCUGCAGGUUCUUCCCACCGAAGACAAGUCUAAUCUCAGCCGCUGUGGCUUCCGCGGAUCCUCACACAUCGGCGUUCCCUACAACAGCUCAAAGGGCCCCGGGGCCCCUCACCCGUACGACAGCGGUCACGUGGCCAUGACCUACACGGGCCUGGCGUGUCUGGUGGUUCUGGGGGACGAUCUGAGCCGCGUGUGUAAGGAGGCCUGUCUGGCCGGACUGCGAGCGCUGCAGCUGGAGGACGGCAGUUUUUACGCUGUUCCCGAAGGAAGCGAGAACGACAUGAGGUUCGUGUACUGCGCCGCCUGCAUCUGCUACAUGCUGGACGACUGGUCAGGGAUGGACUGCCAGAGAGCCAUCGAUUACAUCCGGAGGAGCGCCUCGUAUGACAGCGGGAUCGGUCAGGGAGCAGGACUCGAGUCUCACGGCGGAUCCACGUUCUGUGCCGUGGCGUCUCUGUGCAUGAUGGGAAAGCUGCAGGAGGUGUUCAGCGAGCGAGAGCUGAAGAGAAUCCGGCGCUGGUGCAUCCUCAGACAGCAGAACGGCUUCCACGGCCGACCCAACAAACCCGUGGACACCUGCUACUCCUUCUGGGUCGGAGCCACGCUGGAGCUCUUAGACGUGUUCCAGUACACAAACUUCGAGAAGAACCGGAACUACAUUCUGUCCACGCAGGACCGUUUGGUGGGCGGCUUCGCUAAAUGGCCCGACAGUCAUCCAGACCCUCUCCACACGUACUUCGGCAUCUGUGGCCUGUCUCUGAUCGGAGAAGCGGAGCUGCAGAAGGUGCAUCCGGCGCUGAACAUCAGUGUCCGAGCGUUCGAGAGUCUGCGGCAGCUGCAUGGAUCGUGGAGACAGAAGAGCACAUGACGACUGAAAGAACCAACACGAGCGCAGUCAGUUAUUAAAGGUACAACUGAUGCUCUUUAGUUCGUUUGGGCCCCGGAUUCAUCCUCCCUCGUCAGUGUUUGAUUAUUAGUUUCUGCCUUACAGACCGAGGAACUCGCGUACAGAUGAGCUGAUCCUGGACUAUUGUGCACUGUUUAUUUCAGUUUUACAUUUUAUAUAUAUAUAUAUUUCCAUUUCUUAUUGUUUCUGUGAAAUCAUCGUCCUCUCUUGAAUGUGCCUCAGAUGUCUUUAGGGUGCUUCGGUGUAUGCUAUAAACACACGGCAUCUCCACUGAAGACACUUGAAUGUGUGUUUCAAGGAUCAAAUUAUGAAAUUAUUUUUUCUAUGCUGUAAUAUCAAGUGUAGAAGUGACAGUCACACUGCUCGUAUUUUAUUAUGAUGUAAAGUUGAAGUGCUGAACUGACGGUCUGCGAGUGUCAAUAAAUGAAGAGCUUUUAAUCAUGUCUGAGAAAUAAGCAUUUAUGAUGCUGACGGUGAGACAUGCGUAUUUAAUAACGGUUAAAUAAAGGAAUUGACUUUUCAA